CUAUACAAAAGAUUGGUCGCAAAGAAUUCUAAUUUUAUUCAUAGACAGUAUUUACUGGCGCGCGCGUGAUCGUUGCAAGAAAUUUAGAGUGCGGUGUUGCACGGACCGCAGCGAACUGGUUUUACUCGUUCCUUGUUUUGUUUUAAUGCUCAAGGUAACCAGUAAUCCUGAAGUUUUUGUAUGAUUACGGUGCACCGAAUAAAAGUUUGAAGUAUCAUUUUCAACAACGCGGGGAAACAACAUGGAUGUUUCAGAUUCGCCACCGAUCUGGCCUUCUCCGCUGGGUCCAAGAGUUCCAGAUUUGGAUAAAAAAAUUAAAAAAACUGGAAACCCAAACAUGGAUACCGCUUUAGCUUGGCUUAGGAGAGAAUUGGCGGCCAUGCAGCUGCAAGACAGAGACAUGCACAAGCAACUCUUGACUAUGCGUUCGAGCAUCUCCAGUCUCCGAGAGGAGCUUAAGAGCGAGCGGGAGGAGUGGGAGCUAGAGAACCAACAAGACACACCCGAACCCAAACCUACCCAUGCUCGAGGUUACGUAACCAAAGUUGAAGUCAUAAGCAACGAAGAGGGAGAGCUUAGAAUAAGUCAUGCCAAACAAGAUUCCGGGAUCCUAAGCGAUGAAGAACGAAGCGACGAGGAUUUGGAGGAAAGUGUGCAAGAAUUGUUAAAAACCUUCCCCCCACCGGUCAGACCAAGAAGCAGUUCAUUUUCGUUUUCCUCCAAGUAUACUAACUAUGGUGUGAAACGGGAGGAGAAUGGCUUCGGUGAAGCUGAGCGUGGACCCACGCGGGGGGUAGCCCGAGCCCGCGCGCGGAGUGUCGCGGGAAUCGAAGUUGAACGGCUCUCAACCGACCAAGUGUCACCGCGAAAUCGAAUCCAGUCCGUGGCGGACGGAACUUUCAAUCGUUUUGCAAGUAUGCCGGUUAUUAAUGAGAUUCCUGGGGACGCCUUACAACGGAACACUCCCAGAUCAAAAACUUUCGCUUUUUAUGGAUAUGGUCGCCAGCAGAGUGAAGUUGAAGACGACAACAGGGUGUCUUAUUCUUCCCCGAAAAAACUACCUGUGGUGUUUGGCUCACUCACGAGGCACGGUAGCAUGCCCGUAAUGCAUAGCGGGGGACGACCGCGGUCGGGGACUGGGUCAAAAAACACAAACGAUAAUGUGAGACUCUUUAUCAGCAACCAGCCUAUUAAGAGAUCGGCAAGUCAGAUUGUUCUCAGCAGGCCAGCUUGGGAUAAAGCCAGGGUGUUUGAAUCAAAUCAAAUGAGACCUUGUAGAGUCUAUAGAUCGACCAGUCAGGUCUCUCUCGUUUGAUCUAAUUUUUACAGCAAGCCUCCACUGGGUAAAGAAAAUGUUGUUACAAACGAUUAUGCAUGUGAGACUUGUUAUCAGCAACCAGUCUAUGAGAUAAAAAAUGCUUUAUACUUUGAAAAGCCAUUAGAAUGAUUAGGAGAACAGGACAAAAGUGUACAGCAAAGAGUCCAUUUUACAGUUGUGUGCAUGGUUGCCAAGCCUUUGAAUGGGAGUGAGGCUAGGGUUGACCUUGUUAUGAUACAAACCUUGCUGCCUUUCAAAUGUAAAUCACUUUGUUAUCAUGCUAAGUAGAUAAAGGUCUCUAUCGCAACAAAGUCACCUUCAGCCUCACUCUGAAUCAAAGGCUUGGCAACUAAGUACACAACUGUAAAAUGGCCUAUUGCGCAAAAUCAGCUUAUCUGAACUCAGGCUUGGCUACCGCGCUUAGGCUUGGUAGCCAUCCCCAUAAUACUCGGUACCAGUCUUACAAAUUCAUUUGGGUGUCGCGAUUUUCUAAACCAACCGGACCAACCACAGAGCAACGUCUUUUGAACCAAAGCUCGCGAAGCAAUCCUGGAGUAUUUUUGACGCCCAAAUGAAAAUUGCUCUUCCCUAAAAAAGAAGCUAUUUUGUUCGUUGGAGUCAUCUGGGAUCAUGUAGAUAAUGGUGGUAACUGAUAAGUGUAAUAUGAUCUAACAUAGC